AUGGACAAAACACAGAGGAGAAUCAUGGGCCAGCCGUUUUCCAUUCCCACCUCCCAACCCAAGAAAAAAAGGACACCAAUGAUGUCUUUCUUCCCCAAGGUCUCUGGGAAACUGAGGUUCCAGAAGCAGGAGACCCUGAAGAACAUGUUUUUCAUCUUGACAGAAGGAGCCCGGGACUGCAGUGCUAAAAAGCGUCACAUGGCAAUGAAAGGGCUGGGCACCCUGGCCUGUGAAGCCCCAGACAAGGUGAGAAAGUAUAACAAAAUUGUCCUAGACCUGCUGGUGCAUGGAUUGUAUGACCCGGUGAGUUCUGAAGUCAUCCAUGAGAGUAUGAAGACGCUGAGCAUCAUCCUCGGAAAGAUCCAGGGGAAAGGUUUGGGCUCCUUCUUUAUCGACAUCACCCUUCAGACCAGGACUUUAUUAGAUGAUGAGAACGACAGCCUGAGAUACUCGGCCUUUGUCUUGUUUGGGCAAUUGGCUGCCUUUGCUGGGCGGAAAUGGAAGAAAUUUUUCACCACUCAGGUUAAGCACACACGAGAUUCCCUCCUGAUCCAUUUAUGGGAUAAAAAUCCUCAGGUUGCCAAGGCUUGCAAAACAACUUUUCAAGCCUGUUCCCCAUAUCUGAAACUAAGGAAGGAGUACAGCUUCCAGAGUGAAGAGGAUCAAAGGAAUCCUAAACUCUGCCGGCAGCUGAGCCACUACCAUCCAGAGCUCCUGCAGUUCUUCUAUGCAAAUAAAAUUCUGUGA